CCUUUAUGCCCUAAUCUUGAUUAAAUAGCUCUACACGCCUCUUGAUCAUCUCUUCUCAUCAAAUUCACAAAUUCGAUUUUCCUUUUUCUCUUCCUCCUCCUCCUCCUCUCGGAAUCUUCCUUAAAGUUUCCACCUUUCACCACCGGAAAACAUCCCGACAAAUCCUCGUCGGAAAAUUUCACCUCUCUGUAAUCUUUAAACUCCGGUGACGUUUGUGAAUGGUGGAAACUAAUCCGAUAGGUGAUAAUCUUAAGCUCACCCUUUCAACAAAAAGGGCGAGCUUUUACAUCAUCCCUCUCUCUUCAGACUCUGUUUUCGCUUUCGGUUCUUGCAAAGAAGGCUGGUACUUCCGUUGCAUUGGCCUCGACCCGUGAAAUCAUCAUCAUCAUCAUCAUCGUCUCCGAUCUAAUUUUCAAUUUUGAAUUUCUGGGUUUUUGAAAAGAUGUUGCUUUACAAGAAGAAGAAUAAUCAGAUUGUUAAAGGAAACAGAAUCUUGAUCAGCGUUACGUUUCUUGGUAGUGCUGGUCCGAUCCGGUUCGUUGCUAAUGAAAGUGAUCUUGUUGCAGCUGUGAUUGAUACUGCUUUGAAAUGUUAUGCUCGUGAAGGUCGUCUUCCGAUUCUUGGUUCUGAUUUCAACGAUUUUGUUUUUUAUUGUCCUAUGGUUGGACCUGCAGCUUUGAGUCCGUGGGAAGCAAUUGGGUCGGUGGGAGUGAGGAACUUUAUGUUGUGUAAGAAACCAGAGGAGAAGAAGGUUGAGGGAGACAAUGGAAGAUCGAAUUUUCCGAAUAAUGGAGCUAGGAAAGGAUCUGGUGGAAGUUUUAAGGCUUGGAUUAAUAAAUCUUUUAGUCUUAAAGUGACUACCCAUUAGAGACAUAUAUGUGUGUCUUCUUUGUUUCUUUGAAUGCUCUCAUGUUUGGUUUGUGUCUUUGUUCUUUGAUUUAUCUUAUUUUUGAACUUUUGAUUUGUUUUUGUUUCUUAUGAUGGUUUCAGGAAAUAAAAGUUUCAAGUUCUUUGGCUUUAGA